CCUCUCUCUCUCUCUCUCUCUCUCCCCCUUUCUCUGUCUCUCCUCCAUUAUCCUUCCCCUCUCUCUUUACUCUCCCUCACUCUUUCGUCCGUGUUCUCUCCUUAGCAAGCUGUCAGAUUUUUUUGUCCCUUCUUCUCUUCUCUCAUGACACCCAGAUAGCUUGUAGAAUGUGAGCUGUUUCUCUUCUUUUUUUCCCCCUCCCUCCCUCGCUCAUUGAAGACGUUUGUCCUUUUUUUUUUUCUUUUUAUGCGAGAGGCACAAGGAUGUAAGCGGAGAUGUGAGCCAUGCCAGGUCUGCACUGAUUCUUCGGUAGUCCAAAAAGUUAGUCCGCUUCUAGUCCAGGCGCUCCAGGAUCUGAUUUUGGUCUCUUCCUCCCCCUGUUUCUUCGGCGAGAGCUGCUCCCAGCCAUGUACUCGCUGGACGACUACGGUGAACAGAGUAUCUGCCAAGCCCGGGCUUCGGUCAUGGUGUACGACGACACCAGCAAGAAGUGGGUCCCCAUCAAGCCGGGGCAACAGGGCUUCAGCCGCAUCAACAUCUACCACAACACUGCCAACAACACCUUCCGUGUGGUGGGGGUCAAGCUUCAGGACCAGCAGGUUGUCAUAAACUACUCCAUCGUGAAAGGUCUCAAAUACAACCAGGCCACGCCGACCUUCCACCAGUGGCGCGAUGCCCGGCAGGUGUACGGCCUCAACUUCGCCAGCAAGGAGGAGGCCACCACCUUCUCCAACGCCAUGCUCUUCGCCCUCAACGUCCUGAGCUCGCAGGAGGCUGGUCCAGCGGCUGUGCAUCGGCAGAACGGACCUGUCACGGAUGACUCGGACGCUCAACGGAGGCAGAUGAUGGAACAGCAUCAGAUGCAGGCACAGAUGGAGAGGGAUCGGCGAGCUGCGGGAUCUGCAGUAUCCACCCUUCAGUUCAAAGUGUCUGGCGCCGCUGCCGCCUCCUCUCCCUCCCAAUCCGAGCCUGUCGAUUACAGGCAGUACCGGGCCAACACCCUCCCCCCGGCCUACAUCCGGGCCGCCUCCGCCUCCCACUCCCCGCCUUCCUCCUGCUCCUCCUCGGGCUCCUCUCAUGAGCGGGACGGUGGCGGCGGAGGAGCCGGAGGUGGAGGAGGCGGAGGCGGGGGCGGGGGGGGGAGCGCCUGUCACGCGUGCGACUCGCCCCAGCGGAAGGCCCAGCAGCAGCUCUCGCAGCUCUCCACCUCGCUGGCCUCGGCCUUCAUGCCCGUGCAGCCGGCCGUCACCACCCAGGGCCGCAAGGUGCGCCAGAUCCCCCUGUCCCCGCCGGCCAUGCGCCACCACAUGGCCCCCCCGCCUCAGCAGCAGCAGCAGCAGGCCGAGUCCAUCCCGUACCCCCACCCGCUGCCCCCCAAGCACGGCACCUGGUCGGCGGCGUCGUCGGCCGCCGCCAUGCACAUGUUCGCCACGCUGCCCGCGUCCUCCUCCCCGCCCGUGGCCGGCAUGCCGGGCAUCAAGCAGGUGUGCCCGCAGCCCGUGCUCCCCGUGGCGCUGCCCCUGCCGCCGCUCAACAACAGCGGCAGCAACGGGCGCGGCGGCGGCAAGGGCGCCCCCUCGCCCCACGACGCCCACCAGCACAUCAACGGGGCGCCCGAGGAGUACUACCACACCCAGCACCACCCACACCCACACCACCACCAAACACCUCCGCCGCCCCUCCAACCGCCGGCCCCCAUGCCCCCUCAGCUCUCCUACGCCCCCUGCUGCGAGGGGGUCCCCCUGCCCCCCGUGAGCGCUCAGCUGCCCCCUCAGGUCCCAGCCCACCCGUCCCAGUUCCCCUCUCCCUCUGCAUUCCUCCAGCAACAACAACAGCAGCAGCAACACCACCUCCAGCAGCAGCAACAGCAGCAACAGCAGCAGCAGCAGCACAUGUAUCCGGGGUUGCCCCCCUACAACACCACCUCUCCCCCCUCUUAUACCCUCCUCGAGGGGGCCGCUCCCAAGACGACACCCUCUCCUGUCUUUCAGGCUCCCCCACCUCUUAUGAGUCCUCCACUCCCCCCUGGGCACCCUGCCAUGCAGCACCAGUCCUCGAUGGCCGCGCCUGUUUUGCCCCCCCCUGCCCCAGCCCUAGCCCCAGCCCCGGCUCCCAUGGCACCCCCACCACCACCGGGGCCCCCACCGCCAAUUGCGGGCGCUCCCCCCACACCCCCUCCGCUGCCGGCUAGUGGAGGUCCGGGGGGCCAAAGCAAGGAGGCCCCCCCAGCUGGGCUGGCGGCAGCCCUGGCAGGAGCCAAGCUGCGCAAAGUGCAGAGGUCGGAGGAGGCGUCAGGGCCGGCGGGGGUCAAGAACGAUGGCAACCGGUCGAGUGGCGGCAGUGGAGGCAGUGGAGAGGGACUCAUGCAGGAGAUGAAUGCCAUAUUGGCACGAAGGAGGAAAGCUUCGGAGAAACCUGAUGAGGACGGCCAGAAGGAAGAGACAAAUGGCUCCUCACCCAUCACACGAGGUUCUUCUCAACAAAACUCAACAGACCCUGUUAAAAAGCCAUGGGACCGAGCCAACUCAACAGACAAAUCUUCAGCUGUAUCAAGGGUGAAACCUGUUGGUACCAGCAGCGAUGGAGACGCAACAGAAUAUGACAGAAUGAAGCAGGAGAUUUUGGAGGAAGUGGUCCGUGAAUUGCAUAAGGUGAAAGAUGAGAUUAUUGAUGCCAUAAGAAGAGAAGUAACCAGGCUGAGCUCGACAUAAUCCUCCCAGGAUGUGACCACAGCGGACAGUUGGGGGAGAGGGAGAGGAAGAGGAAGAAAGAGUAAAAGAGAAAGAGAGAGAGAAAGUGUGUGUGAGAGAGAGAGAGAGAGAGAGAGAGAAAGAGAGCGAGAGAGAGAGAGAGAGAGAGAGAGAGAGAGAGAGAGAGAAAGAAAGAGUGAGAGUGAGUGGGGGAUGGGGGUACUGAGUUUUUAGGGAAUGUUUCCACAUCUCUAUCAUGUCAUGGGGAAGGUUGCCACGAAAUGGUUGUGCCCAACAGUAGCAUCUGCUAAGCAAAAAAAGCUGGAGAAAGUGACAAAUAAGGCAUAAAAAGAGAACGAAGAACAGGAAGACAAAAAAGUGAAGUGAGUUCAGCGAAUGCAUGAAUGAAUGAACGAAUGAAUGAAUGAAUGAAUACAUGGAUGGAUGAAUACAUGGAUGGAUGGAUGGAUGGUUUGGUGUAAAGAGAGGGAUGAAAGGAUGUUGGACACUCACACUGUAUUUUCUAUUUUCCUGUAUUCAAAGAUUCAGCCCAAUGUGUGGCCUGCUGCCCAUAGUCUGUCAAGUCUUACAGAAAAAAAACAUAUAUGUAUUAAAUCUGGCAAAGCUAUUUGUUUUCUAAGUUUUUAUUGUUUCAUUGUUUUAUUUGACAUAAAUAAAUAUUACUGUUAUAAUAAUUUUAUUACAAUUAUAGAUAUAGAGAAAGUUGCACACCAUCUAUGUCAGCCUUUUAUAUUUUAUAUUAGGUUCUUUAUUCUUUGGUUUUUGAUAAGCACAUGUAGGCCUCUGUCCUCAGCAGGGUUUUCUAAAGAGAUUUUAUUUUUCUUUGCCAACAGAUGUAUAAGAUCACUGGAGAUGUUUGUUUUUUUAAGUUUGAACUUGAAUUGGUUGUGUGGACUGAACUGGUUACUUUUUUGGGACACUAUGACCUUAUGAUGCAUCAGUAUGACCUUUUGAUUUAUAUUAUCUUUUUCAGUAAAGUUUGGCUGGAAAGAUAUGGUGAACGAUCAGGCCUUUCAGUAUAUACUUUGAGUAGAUUAUUCCUUGUUUUAAAUGUUGAUAAAUGGGUUUAAACAUA